GAGUAAAAGCGCAGACAUCUCUUUGCUUUUGUGUGGAAAAGGUGUUUACUGUGUAUCAGUGUAUAUAUAUAUAUAUAUAUAUAUAUAUAUAUAUAUAUAUGCACACACUAUAUAUACAUAUAUAUAUAUAUAUAUAUAUAUAUAUAUAUAUGUAUAUACACAUAUAUAUAUAUAUAUAUAUAUUGGGAGUUAGGUGUGUAGGCUCUUUUUGCAAUAGCGCGCGUGCAAGCAGAGGAGUUGGAAAGAGUUUUUUUGCGGGACAGCCAGGGAAUGGCCAACACCGUGGUACCCUUGGAAACAUCUGACUGACUGACAAUGGCGGAGGAGGCUAUCUGUUGCACUUUGGUGAACUGCAACUGCGACAGUUUUAAGCCUGGGAAGUUGAAGCGAAGGCAGUGUGAAAACUGCAAGCAUGGCUGGGUAGCACACGCUCUCAGUAAACUGAAGGUGCAUCAAAUGUACCAGAGCAGCCAGGUGGAGAUCGUGCAUUCCAAUGUGGUGUUUGACAUCUGCAGCUUGAUGCUGUACGGUACCCAAGCAAUUCCCAUCCGCCUCAAGAUCCUUCUGGACCGCCUUUUCUCUGUCCUCAAACAGGAAGAGGUAAUCCAAAUCCUCAAUGCACUGGACUGGACACUGCAGGACUACAUACGAGGAUACGUACUUCAGGAUGUGGCGGGGAAAGUGUUGGAUCGUUGGGCUAUGAUGACGUUUGAGGAGGAGAUUGCAACCUUGCAACAGUUCUUGCGCUUUGGCGAAACCAAGUCCAUCGUGGAGCUCAUGGCUCUGCAAGACAAGGAGGGACAAUCAGUAUUAGUACCCAGCACUCGCACCAGCUCAGAUAUCCGGACUUUCAUUGAGCGUAACACCCCAUGCACGGCCGCCAACUUGUCUACAAAUAAAGCAGAGAGGCAGAGCAGCAACAACAUGCACCACUUUGAAAACUUCAUUAACAGCAUGGCCUUCAUGCUGCCUUUCCAGCUUUUAGGUUCUGUUCCAGCGCCGUUUCUGGGCUCCCCAACAGGUUCACACCAGCAGCUUCACCAACAACACCGGCAGUCUUUCCGAGGGUCGGUCGAGCCCCAGAGCGAGAGACAAGACGAUCAAAAGCCGGACAGUGCAUUAAGGGAGAACCACCUUCAAGUUCCACUUCCUGCGGACAGUAGCCAUGUAUGUUCCAGCUCUGUUAUAUUCACUGCUGAUCUGGACCAAAGUGGAGACAAGCCACUAGACAGUCUUUCCUCUACAACGAAGAUUGAGGCUGAAGAUUUCUCUACCAGUGACAACUACUCUGAUGGGCCCCCCACACCAUGCACACCCUCCAUGAGCUCUGAUGUGACCCAAAUGUCCCCUGAGGGUAAGCUGCGCAAUGGGAGCAGUGGAGGGGGGAACUUUGUAGGAAAUGGGGGUGGGGGAUCUCUAAAGAAGGGCCGUGUAUUUUGUAAUGCCUGUGAGAAGACAUUCUACGACAAAGGCACACUGAAAAUACAUUACAAUGCAGUGCACCUAAAGAUUAAGCACAAGUGUACAAUUGAAGGAUGCAACAUGGUGUUCAGCUCACUGCGCAGUCGCAACCGCCAUAGUGCAAAUCCUAACCCACGGCUUCACAUGCCCAUGAAUCGCAACAACAGGGACAAAGACUUGCGAGGCAACCUGUCUGCCGAUGAGGGCUCUCCGAGAGAGAAAAGACCUGAAUAUGGCUCAUCCAUCCCCAUCUGUUCCGCUGAAAGUCACAAGUCCGUUCCCAGUUACAUGGUAAGUCAAAUGGACACAUGCCCUAAGAUCCACACCAGCUCAUUCCCCAGCAUCGGCCAGAGUGGCAUUCUCUUCCCCAAUUUAAAGACAGUCCAGCCAGUCCUGCCUUUCUACCGCAGCCUUGUUACACCAGCAGAGCUGGCCAACACCCCAGGGACACUUCCGUCACUCCCUCUCCUGUCUUCCUCUGUGUCUGUCAAACCUACCACCAUUCCUGACGUCUGCAAUGCCGACCCCAUACCAAAGAAAAAGUCUCGAAAGUCAAGCAUGCCAAUAAAGAUAGAGAAGGAGAUGCUGGAACCAGAUGAGCAGAUGGAUACGUGUAGUAACACAGAGGAGGACAUUCCCUUAUUGGACAGAGACAAGGAAGAAUGUGAUGGUCACCAAUCAGAAGGACAAAUGUACUUUGAUGAGCACAAACAGAAGAGGGAGUAUUUUGGGGAGGAAAGGCAAUGUAGAAGGCCUUUGUUGGGUCACUACUUAGAGAUGACAAGGGAAGAAAUCAAGGAGGACACAAGAGGAGGGAAAGUUGAUGCAGAGACCAACAUCGACUCAUCGCCCCCUUUCAAAAACAGGUUGGUCAAGACACUCCGAGGCAACUCUUUGGCCAGUCAGGAACUCAACUCUAACGAGGAAAGUAAUGGCAGAGAGUGUAAAAACCCCUUGCAUGAAGACGACCACCUUCCAGAGCUCAAGUGGAGUGAGCACAACCUGACAAACGGGAGUGCUCUGCAAGUCUCAGUUCAUGAGAAAGGGGGAUCUGAGGCCUCUGCAGAUGACCACGGUGACUCAGGUUUAUCGGAGCUUGAGCCAAAUGUUGACCAGUUUCACCACUGUGACGUUUGCUCUAUGACCUUCGAGAACCCGCACAGUGUCAAGAUGCAUUACCAAAACGUGCACCUCAAGGAGAUGCACGUGUGCACAGUGGAUGGUUGCACUGCAGCUUUUACCUCACGCAGGAGCAGAGACAGACAUAGUGCCAAUUUGACCCUCCACCACAAGCUGAUGACCAAAGACCUCGUCUACGCCGGCAACAACCUCUACUCAGCAUCAUCUCACCGCAAAGAGAGCGACUCUGUUGGGACUAUGGACUUCUGCCAGGACCAGUGUGACAGGGAUCUUGCCUCUGUCAUCUGCAGAGGGAAAAAUCGCAUGGGCUUGGUCUACCCCAUGAGCAAAAUGCCCACAGCACAAGAAACAUCUCCCAAAGGGGAUACACAGGGAUUACGAGGGGGUGGUGAUGGGACAGUGCUGGACUUGAGCACCUCCUCCUCUGCCCCGCCUCAUUGCAGCAGCAGUGCUCCAUCCUACUGGGACUCAGAUGAAGUUGCUAGUGAGGAUGGAGAGGGGGCUGAAGGAGAUGUCGAGGCACUCCCUGUGGAGGACAGUGAUGAGAGCUGUGAUGGGAGCAGUGUGGGGAGGCCUGGGGGGGAGCAGCCAUUGCAUGGGGGAGAGAAGAGCGCCGUGUUUGGUGGGGAAGUACAGAUCGGGCUCCAGGGAGGGGGGAGCGGGUCUCCGAUAACCUGCCACAUGUGCCAAAAGGUCUACAGCAACAAGGGGACAUUCAGGGCCCACUACAAGACUGUCCAUCUCAGGUUGCUUCAUAAGUGUAAAGUCCCCGGGUGUGACACAACAUUUUCUUCCGUACGAAGCAGAAACAGGCAUAGUCAGAACCCCAACCUCCAUCGGAACCUGGUUGCUAGCACGAGGGCCACGGUGGAGCAGGAAGACAUGGUUUCAGAUUUCUUGUAGUCCAGUUUUAGAGCACCCAAAUUAGCACUUUUUCAAUUCCAUAUUAGUCACAUGAGUCAAGAGUUUGAGGGAAGAAGUCAGCCGAGUACAAUCAUCAAUGUAUAACGAAGGUGACAGUGAAUUCAAUGUAAGUAUAGGAUUGAACUCCUAUAUAGUACUGUAUUGUAUUUGCUUUGCCUUAUGGUCCUCGUAUUUCAAUUCACAGUGUCCGUUGGUAGUCCCGAGUAAGAGAGGGGAAAACUUUUGUUGUCGUCAUUGUUUUAAUGUUCAAUAAUGUAACGAUCAAGAACAAUUUGUGAAGAAACUUGAACUUGUGUCAUGUGCUUCAUUUUGUCUACAUCAAUGUUGGUCAAAGAUGUGUACUGUUGUGAGCUUGACCAGUAACUUCUUGGAAGUGCGUUGUGAUCUCUGUUGUUGUUCUCUGUGUUUCCUUCUCAGAUUGCUGCGCUCUGCAAAUGUUGACCAAAGACAUUCAGUGCACUGGUCGUGUAAAAAGGGUGUACAAAGUCCACUGGGGGUGUAUAAAGACCUCAUCAUGUCAGCAAUGAUGCCAACUCAGCACCUUUGUCACUUUGUCAGCAGGCGUGGCAGUACUGCAAGUUUUGAUAUCAAUCUGAUACCAAACAAAUACAGGGCCAGUAGAAUAGCAAAUAAACGCGAGUAAUUGAGACGCUCCUAAAAAUGUCUAUUUUUGAUAUCCUGGGUUAUGCUGCUGCGUUGAGGCACCGUCGUACGCAACAACCGGCUCACUCCUCCCCCUCCAAACCCUCCAAGUUGCUUGAGGUUGAUUUCUCUGAUAUCGGAUGAACAGUUGCAAUAAAAGUGGCCUUUGUAAUUGUUAGACUAGAUUCCGAGCCAAUAACACAGGGGUAUCCAAACUGCGGCCCGAGGGCUGUUUAUUUAAUGGCCCACAGUUUAUUAUAAAAAUAUAAUUUAACAACAAGAUGAAAAAAAAGAUGGAAAAACCAGUAAUUUUACAAUAAUUAAGUCAAACUAUUAAGACAAAAAAGUUGUCAUGUAACGAGGAAAGGUCAUAAUUUUAGAAUAACGUAAUAUAAUGAGGAAAAUUUUUGUUAAAGAAAAAAAUGUUUAAGACGUGAUAUUGUGAGAAACAAAAGAAAUAAAGUUGUAAUUUUUGGAAAUUAUGUUCUGAAAAAUGUUAUAAUAUUACGAGAAUAAAGUCAAAAUAUCAUGUCAUAAUUCCGAGAAAAAAAUGACAGAAAUUGAAAAACAGCUGUAAUUUUAGGAGACUAAAGUCAAAAUAUUCAGAGAAAAAAGUUGUGAUCCUACUACAAAAACUAAAAAAUGGCAUUUUAGUAGCAUAAAGUUCAAAUGUUAUGAAAUAUUAAAGAAAGAUGUAAUUUUUUAAAUGUUGCAAUAGUAUGAAAAACAAACAAAACAACAAAUAACGUAACAAAUGUAAUUUUUCGAAAAUUAGGUUGUGGAAUUUUACCUGAAUAGAGUUAAAAUAUUAAGAGAAAAAGGUCGCAUUUUAAUGAGAAAAAUUUUUACGAGAAUAAUGUCUGAAUAUUAUGAGGGAAAAUAAUAAAAUCAUCAAUCAAUAAUCAUUUUAGUAGCUUAGAGUUGGAAUAUUAAAUAAUUUUUUAAAGUAAUAUUACGAAAAACAAACUAACAAAAUAAGUUGUAAUUUCCGGAAAAUUUGGUUGGGGAAUAAAUUAUAAUAUUAUGGGAAUAAAGUCAUACUAAUGCGAAAGGAACAUUUACGAAGAUUAUUUAAGAAGAAAGUUGAAAUAUGUCAAAAUUUAAAAAAAAGAACAACAGCAAAAAUGUGCAAAAAAGAGCAAAGUUGAUACUAAUAAUACGCUUUUUAAUCUACAUCACAAAGCUGAGAUGCAGUUUUUUACUGAACUCCGUAGAAUAUCGGCAUGUGUUGCUUUACAAAAAAAUAUCACAGUGGACCUUGCGCCCUCUCAUUUUUCAGUAUGUGGCCCUCACUGGAAAAAGUUUGGACACUCCUGCAAUAACCCUCCCCAUCUCUCUUUAUUUGCCAUUGUUCACUCGUGACAAAGGAAGCUAACAAGCUAAAUGCAUAGAAGCCCAAUCCAGGUUUACGCCCUUAAUACGCCUCACGCAUUUUAAAAAGUAAAAUGUAUAGGUGCUCCCCACUAAUUAAUGCUAAUCACACAUGAUGAUGAUGAUGAUGAUGAUGAUGACGAUGAUGAUGAUGACGACAUUUGCUGUGCAGUAUGACGAUGAUGAAGCUUAAAACUUUAAAAACUUGCUGUUUCAGUGCUUUUGAUUUCCUUCUCUUUUGUCUCGACGUAUGGAAAAGUGCUUCCAUUCACGGCAUCAUGCGUUUUUCUCUCUUGAACAUUUCCACAAGUUCCUGCGCUGAGGGCUCUUGUCAAAAUCCUGAGAAGUUGCAGUUUGGCAUUGCAAAUGCAAGCUUAAGAAUCACCGAAGCUCACAGCAAAAACAUCCACACACGUGAACGAGAGCUGUGCAGCUCAUGCUUCCGAAGGAUGCUUCCUGUGGAUGUGGCGCCCCCAGCAGGAUGAACACCUACUGUAUCCUGUAUCAUCAUGUAUUAUGCUAACAUGUUAUGCUUUAUCAUCACGUUUAUCAAUUAUUAUCAACUUAGUGUGAACGAGAUGGGUUUUCCGCAAAAAAGACAUACACAAAAACACAAAAAAAGCACAAAUGGGCGGAUUU